UCAGUUUCAUUUAAACCCAGUGUGACCCUGAAAUCCAGCUGGUCUCCAAUAUAUAAUGGAGAGACGGUCACUCUGAGCUGUGAGAUCCAGGGAGGAGGAACUGAGUGGACGUAUGAAUGGAAACCAACCACGUUAAAUUAUUAUCCAACAUCCAGUGAAUACAGGAUCAGCAAAGCUCACAGUGGAACAUUCAGCUGCAGAGGAAAAGGAAACCAUCAGUUCACACAAUGGACUCAAUACUCAUUAACUGUUGCAAAUAAACCUGCAGCCAAACUAACAGCCAGUAAUACAAUCAUACCACUAGGGGGCAGAAUAACACUGACCUGCUCUGUUAGUGGAUCUGAUGGCUGGAAGUUUGAUUUGUUCAGACGGCAGUCAGUGGAUCAUAAGGAUCAGUUCAUCAGAAUCAAUGAACCAGAUGGAGUCUUCAUCAUCUCAGUUGAAGGUGUUUACAGCUGCAGAGGAGGAAGAGGAGAUCCARUUUUCUACACUGAAACCAGUGAUGAAGUCACCAUUCAUGAAACUGUUUCCAUUAAACCCACUGUGACCCGGAAACACAACUGGUCUCAGAUAUUCAGAGGAGAGAGAAUCACUCUGAGAUGUGAGAUCAGAGGAGGAAGAACUGGGUGGACGUAUGAAUGGAGACCAAACUACAGAAACUCUCCAACAUCCAGUGAAUACAAGAUUAUUGCAGCUGAUAGAGACAAAUUCAGCUGC